UAUUUCGUUAAACAGCUUAUUAAGUGUCACCGAGAUUGAGUGAUUUGUUUUAAAUGUAUUUAGGUGUUAUAUGCAUUAAUGGCAGCGAAUGAUAUCAAACAAAAUUUACGUAAAUUAGAUUUUCCAUAUUGUGCUAGGGAAGCAUUAUGCAGGAUCGAGAUACUAUGCAGCAGACCCGGAAAACAGAUGGAUUUGCAACUGGAUUUGAUAUCGGAAUUUGUAUUUGGAGAAAUAGAAAGGCGGAAAAAGCGCAAUAUGACGAUAGCUAUACAAGAGUUGCAAUUAAUAGAAGUUCUAAGCGAUUUUUUUCAAAGUCCUGGAGGAAGUCCUGCUGUACGCAACGCGGUAUUUUUAUCCCUUUUCCCUGCAGAUAGUCCAAGAUAUAAAGUCUUAGGCAAUUUAGUAUCCUUGGCCAUUGCUACCCAAAAUAAGGCAGUCUUGAAUGCAACUGGCAUUUGGAUGCAACAAUUAGGCUCUACUUCACCACAAAGUGUAGGAUUAGCAAGGCAUGUACUUAAUGACUAUUUUGUCCUUACUCCAAAAUCUAUUGACAAGUUGAAGCAGCUUCCUGUUCUUGCACCACAUUUCACUGCCAACUUACUAACGGCAAUAGGUGAGGUUUAUGAAGACAAAAAUCCACCUACGGAACUGCUCAGGUUAGUAGGAGAAUGGAUAGAUGAAAACCCAAGUCUCCUGUUGGCACCUUUGGUGGAUAAUCCUGCUUUACCAACAGGUGGCAUUCCAAUGACACCAAUAACACCAAUAGCAGGUUUAUUCAGGUGGUGUAUAUUAUCUCCUGUACGUGCAAGUGCCUCAGAGAAUAUGGAAUAUUCUGAGGAACAAAAGAAACUGUAUUCUAAAAUUCAACAACUGCUUAUGGAUUCAGUAUUAAGGUUAAAAAGCAGUGGAAAUAACAAACAUGCUAUAUCUGCACAACAUUUUGCUUCUACCACUCGAACUUUGACUACUAGUUUACAAUCUCAUACAAACAUUAGUUCAACUUCUCGCGACUUGGCCAUGGAACGACUUGCACAAGCUGUUAGUGCAGCCAUGUCUGCAAAUUGCAUUUAUGGAAACAAACAAGAAUUGCUGGCCUUGUUACAACCAUUAGCAUAUCAGCACUUUUUAAUUGAAUGGACAUUACAAACUUAUGCAUCCAAAGCAGCUUAA